GACACCAGCAAACACAAUGAAACAGUGACCACCCACCUACCCAUCCAUCCACACACACACACUCCUGCUUCUGGACAACGGCCCAGGCACAAGGCUCGUCGUUUGUAUCCGUUGGCCUGUUCCUGAGGCGCCCUGGUGAGCUAGCAGAGCCCGACCUUUCCCCCGCAAGUUCGUGGCGUCGACCUAAGACAUCCCACUGCCCAUGGCGUUUGACAAGCCUGGCACAACUCCAAAGAGAUGCCCACAUGGCGAGUCAGAACCCGUCCGCCGGCGCCCUUUGCUAUAAGCACCAACCGUCCGCCGUCUCCUUCAUCUCCAGAGGAACCCUGCCACCACCACAACACCUUCCGCCCCUCCUCCUCCUCCUACUCCUUCUACACCUCCUCCACCUGUUCACAAGAGGCAUGUGUAGCUGACGUGCGUCAGUGGUCGCUUGAGUGUUAUCUGGGCUCCAAGACAAACAACAUAUGAUGCCUUUCCGAUCGUCCACCUUCAUCGUUUAGACCUCUGCUUCUCCUUCUCGACGUUUUGUUUCCUCCUCUCUCUCUCUCUCUCUCUCUCUCUCUCUCUCUCUCUCUCUCUCUCUCCCUUCCUCCCUCGUCAUCGACUUCUUUCACUCGUCUGGCCAAGCCUGCCCCCAAGGGCUAGUAACUGAACAUCAACACAUUCUUUUCUUGUCACUCAUUCUUUGGUUCUUUUCUUCUUUCUUUUCUUUUUCUUUCCUUUCCUUUCCUUCUUUCUUACCAAAAACCCGGAUUUCCCACUCACCAUGGCCUCGCCCAUGUCACUGAGAUCGCCAGUCACCCCGCCGUACGAUGAGGAUUACAGCCAGGGUAGUCCCAAGGGCAUGUUCGAGCCCGGCGUGAGAAACAGCCCGACGUCGUCUGCCCUGCCUGUGCCUACCAUGACCCUUUCCCCCCCCGCGAGCCCGCGAGGCGCGCGGACGAGCAAGAUGCCCAUGAGGUUGCGGAGCAACUCGGGCCUGUCGCUCCACACGAACGAAGACGCCUUCCGCCGGUACACCGACUACAACCCCGACGGGUCCCCGCGAUCCCCGACCUUCGGCACCGGCCUCUGGUCCAGCCUCGACGGCGUCUCGACGAGCCUGCGCCGCAGCUUCGCGCCGCCCGUCAUGGAGGUCGAGCCCGAGACGUUGCCCAUUCCGGACUUCCUCGGCCGCGAGGUCUUCCAGAUGAUCCUCGGCAACACCGCGGCGUCCCAGCGUUUCUUCCACUUCGCCCAGAACCGCGGCAGCGGGCCCGACGUCGAGUUCCUCCUGCGCAUCCAGGAGUACUCCAAGUCGCUGACCCAGUUCGGCAAGCAGGCCUCGGCCAUGCCCACGCCCGCGAACCUCCCGUCGGCCGUGAACAAGGCCCUCAACGCCGACAUGAAGCAGCUGACCAACGCCGUCCUGCCGGGCCUCGAGACCCUCUUCGCCGAGUCGACCCGCUGCGUCGAGCGCCGCAUCGCCCGCACGGUAUAUCCGGCCUUUGUGAAGCACCAGCUCGCCUUCUCCACGUCGGCCGCCAUGGCCGGCGGCGCCCGCGUCGGCGGCUUCAAGUACCCCGGCCUCGCCGAGUCCUUCUGCCUCGCAGACGCCCUCGGCCCGGACUACCCCGUCGUCGCCGUCUCGGACGCCUUCGUCGCGGUGACGGGGUACCCCAAGACCGAGGCGGUGUCGCGGAACUGCAGGUUCCUGCAGGGCUCGCUCACCGACCGGGACGCCGUCAAGCGGCUCCGCGACAGCGUCGCGCGGGAGGAGGAGUCGCUCGAGCUCGUCCUCAACUACCAUCGCGACGGCACCCCCUACUGGAACCUGCUCUUCACCUGCCCGCUGACGGACGCCUCUGGCAAGCUGCGGUACUACCUGGGCGGGCAGAUCAACGUGUCCCGGGGCGUUGGCGACUACAAGGAUCUCCUCCGGGUCCUCAACUCCGGCCCGCCGCCGGUCCUAGACGAAGCGAAGGAGGACGCCUCGGGCCGGGAAUCUCGCGUGAGCCGCCGGAUGAGCCGCGCCGGCAGCCGCGAGAGGAAACAAGAGCGGCGGACGAGUCUGCGCAGCCGGGACAGCUUGCACAACAAGGGACCCAAGAAGAGCCUCUUCCAACCCUUCCGGAAGCACGCGGCGGCGCACCACAAUAGCAACAACAACACUGAAAACCAGGAGAACGCGCAGCAGCAGCAACAACACAACAACGUCGACCUCGUCCUUGAGCAGCUGCAGACCGUCUCAACCUCGGAGGAGCGCCUAUCCCUCGCAUCCCCGAUCGACCCGGCCUACCCGGCCUACAGCCGCCUCAUCGUCCUGCAGCACACCGACGGGCCCUCGGGCUUCCCGCCGCGGUCGUCGUCGCUGCCGGCCGACCCGAACAAGAGGAAGGCCACGCAGCUCAGCGUGGCCUUCUGCUCGGCGGCGGCGCUCGACGCCCUCGGCCUCGGCCUGUUCGCCGACAGCAUCGCGCACCGCGAUAUCUUCGCCGUGCUCUCGGAGCUGGCGGACUCGCCGUCCGUGACCAAGAGCUUCCGGAACACGGUGCGAGAACGGAUCCUGCGGGAUGGCAAGUCGGCGACGCUGGACAUCAUGCUCGGGGGCGGGUAUCUGGCGCGCAAAGGCAGCCUCAUCGGCCUCGGCGGCGGCGGCGGUGGCGGUGGCGGGCGGUCUUCGAGGGCGGAUGACGCGGACGGUGGCAGCGGCGGCGGCGCGAGGAGGCAUGGUCGGCCGGUCAGCCGGUCCGGGUUCGCGAGCCUGGUGGGGGAUGCGGGUGGCAAGAUGGAGAAGCUAACGAGCCACUGGACGCCGCUCAAGACGGCCGACGAGAGGGUCGACUGGGUGGUGGUCAUCAUCACGCCGAUGAUGAAGUGAG